GGUGCGUUGACUCCGGGGGAAAGUGAGCCAAGCCGGGGUCAGGCUCCUGGGCCAGAGGGUCUUCCGUGCAGCCCCGGAGCCCGAGCAGCGUUCGCCCGGGAAGGCAGGAGUCAACUCGGAGCUCAGACAUGCCCCGGACGAUGUUCACAAACUCCAGGGAGCGGUGGAGGCAACACAACGUCAACAGCGCCUUUGCCAAGCUGAGGAAGCUCAUCCCCACUCACCCUCCAGACAAGAAGCUGAGCAAAAAUGAGACGCUUCGCCUGGCAAUGAGGUACAUCAACUUCUUGGUCAAGGUCUUGGGGGAGCAAAGCCUGCAGCCAACGGGAGUGGCUGCACCGGGAAACAUUCUGGGACUCUUCCCCCAAGGACCCCACCUGCCAGACAGGACUCUACUUGGUGACUACCAGGUCCCUUCACCUGGCCCAAGCCACCACAUCCCCUAGUGUGGCUCUGACUCUCAUCACUCCGGGAAACUCUUGUUUGGAAGUCACUGGCCGUCAAUGACCCUGUGCAUGUUGGAGAGUCAAGUGGAUGACUAAUUUGUGAGGCAUGAAUUUAAGCUUCGUAGGAGGUGGCUGAGAGACAGCAGCAAGGAGGCCAUUAGAGGGUGGCUUUGGAGUCCAUCACCCUCGGGGCUUCAGGCAACGUGUCCUGUUUCUGUCUGUUUUCUAUAUCUAAGAUCUACAUAAGAUGUUGUUUGAAGGAAAAACAAUCAUAGGUUCCAAACGGGUUUGAAAAUCACUGUUUCACUCAAUAUGAUUUCAGCUAUAAGGAAGAAGUUUUCUUGCAAUGCAUUUCAGAUGAGUAGAAAAUGCUGCCCUCAGAACAUAGUUUAAAGUUUGUUUUGAAAAAUGUAGCAUGUUUGAUCAAGGGUGAACAAAAUAAGUUACCUCAGGUUGACGAGUGUAAAGAUAGCCCUGGAAGAAAAAUAAAAUAUCCUGGAGCCUUGUGGGAAAAUCUAUGGAGAAAAGACCCUCCUGCCAUGUGAGGAUGACAGGAACACAACAGAUACCUGUGGAAGGGCCCUGCGUCCUUGAUCUCCAUAGAAAUGUGAGGUGUUACCUGCACUGAGCCAUUCCUAUAUGUGUUACCUCUAAAGCCAAAUGGUGGGUUAUAUCUGUGAGAGGCAAGGACUUGAUCAUUUAUGAAUUAGAGUUUCUAAUUUUCUCAUGAAAAGCAGCUUAAAUAGGUUACCUGAGCCCUCAGUUUCACAUGUCAUGUAUUAAUACUUCUAAUUCAGCCUGAGUGCCUGCUGAUUUAACACCCAUAAAAUUCAAAUAUAAUUAUGAAAAUCCAAACAUUACCAUUUAACGACUCAUUUAACAGAGAGCUUAGUUUAAACAAAAGAUUUAGAGUAGACAAUAGGACUGUAAUACCAGACCCUAAUGAAUUAAUGAAUUUGUAAUUUGUCUUCCCUGCUAUGGAGCAUUACGCUCAGUCUUACACUGGAAAACAUGGUACCCACAGGUCAAGGGAACAGUGUGGAUGCGGCAUAACUCAGCGCCAUGUGCCCCCCCACCCCCCGACAGGGCUUGGAUUUGGAGAUGAAUUCCAUAGAUGAGUCUAGAAUAAAAAUAAUGUCUUUUGAUUGUCUCUGGGACAUUUUAUUUCCCCAAAGUUCUUGAUGGUACAUUGGUUUUAAAACCUUCUGAACCACCAGAAGGAAAUUGAUGGGUUUGCAAUAUGGAUUCCCAGCAUACACCCAAUAGGGGAAUUUAAAUUCCAACCCCUCUAGAAAGAAGAUAUUUGAUUUACAAAAGGUUGAAAUGAGCCACUUUGGUUUGGUAGUCAGAAGAAGGUUGGAUGAGGCCCCGCCAAAUCUCACUUCCCCAAAUAGCAAGGCCAUUCUGUCAUCACACGCUAUACAGCAUUCACACUGAUAGCACACUGUGUUUAUCAGAAGCAAUGCAUUUCCCUCUAGUUCCUUUCUUUAAACUGCAUUCAGUAAACUUCCCCAUGGGCCCAGAAUGGUCCAGGGAAACACACAAGCACGGAGACCGUGGGAUUUCCCUGCAGAGUGCAUUUCUUUCCCAUGAGUUUAGGUGGACUCAAGCUUGUCCCCAGACAACUGAAGCUUUGAUAAUAGUUGUCAAUUAGCAACAUUGCUUACUCUCUCAGCUGGUAUGAAUCAAAAUCACACUAUGGCAGUAUUUUUGUAUGAACGUCAUUUGACAUGUUGCCAAGGAAAGGCGCCGAGCCCCUUCCCCUGAAAGGUAGCAGGCUGCUCCUAAAAAGUUGCAAGGAGAUCAAGUUAUCGUUAAACUAUGUGAAGGGGGUAAUUGUUCAAAGAAAUCCCUUUGAUAAGUGAAUAAACAUUUAAUAUAUUACUUCAUGUAAUUGACCUCUUACAUGAUUUCUUUUGCAAGCUUGGAUUUUAGUAUAUCAAGUUGUGUGUUAGGUUAAAAUGACUGUCAAAAGGAAUUUUAGGUAUAUGUGGACCAAAACCUUGGCAAGGUAUUCAUUCAUAAGAUGGGAAGCUAAUAAAAAUGUCAUGCUGUAGUCCUCCCAGGUGUCAUAUAGUUAAGGCUUGGUGAUUGCCAUAGCGAGAAUCUAUAGUUCAAACGUGUUGUAGCUGAGUGGUGGCACACGUCUUCGUGGAUCACCUGGACCCAACAGAAGAAUUUAGACAGAUAACAUUAGCUCUGCUACUCUGUUACUUGAAAAUAAAUGUUUGGCCUGCUAAGGACACCCCUGGAAACUUCUGGAAAUCAAGUAUAAACAAGUCCACUUAUUUAUAUAGCUCUUUUAGAUUGGCUAAUUCUAACAUGACAGAGGAGGAAACAGGUGCAGAGGAUUUUGAAGUGGCGUUGCAGUGGUCACUUGGGCAGUUAGUAGAAACCCGGUGUCAGGUCCCCUGACCCAGCGUCCGACCUUCCUACAGCCUUGUUCGGUCACGAAAUAUGUUAAGAUUGAAGGUGGACAAGGACCUUAUGAUUAGACUCAUCUCUUUUCAAUAAUGCUCCAUAAUCUUCCAUGCCUUUUUAUUGAAACAAUUAUUGUACUUUGUAGAAUGUGGUUA